UCCGCCCCUACGUCGUACACUAGAGAGGCCAGAAGGUUUCUGGCGGUGCCGGCGCCAUUUUGCCGGAGUCUGCGACCGAGUGGGAGUGGAGUAGAGCGGCCCUUGUUGCCGACUCUUUCCUCCUCCCCACGGUCCAGUCAGCGGGUUGAUUAGGCCAUCGGCCCUCAAGCCGAGACUUGUCUCUUAUUUAGUUCUGGGGAGCGCCUGGCCGACAUGAGUGAUGUAGAGGAGAACAACUUCGAGGGCAGAUGAGCGGCCGCGUCUCUGUUGGAACCGGCAGCGUUGCGUCUAUAAAGGCGAAAGCCUUGAGGUUGAAGGUGGGACGAGCCUAAUGAAGUGGUUAAUGUUCGUGAAGAAAUUGAAGAGUUUUUUCCAAGAAUGUGGAAGAUAAAUCAAGAUAAAAGAAGGCUAAUGAAAAGUAUUAAAGAUCAGAAAAUUAAAAUUGAAUGGGGGAAAAAAUUGAACAGAAGAUUGGUCAGAUAGAAGCCCUUGAAUAUUUUUUUAAGGCUAUUUUGAAUUGUUUUGGGGAAGAAUACACGAAGUAUGAAAAAUGAAAAACUCAAUGAAGAAUGAAGAGAAGUAGAAAGCAAGAGUGAAGUAGAAUUAAAAGAAUCUGGAAGAAUGAAUGGGUCCUAGGUUAAGUAAAUGUAUGGUUUAUGUUCCAGUGUCUGUAUGAUCAAGUUGUAGAUGAAUUUGCAUGAUUACUUAGUUAAUAGAGAAUUGGUGAUCUGGUUCAAGUAGGGAAUUAUUGAGGACAGUUAGCAGUAUUAACAAUGGGUUAUUAAUGAGCUGAAAUUUUUUCUGGAGGGUGUUGCCUAACCAUUUGUUUUUCAGGAGCAAUCAAUAUAAAUAAUUACGGUACUUUAAAUGUUAGGUGUUAGGCAUCUAUGUGACCAGUGCCAUUUGUAAUACUGUCUUCUUUGUUAGGAGUCUCGCUCUCAGUCAAAAUCUCCAACGGGAACUCCUGCUCGUGUAAAAUCGGAGAGCAGGUCAGGAUCUCGUAGUCCAUCAAGGGUUUCCAAACACUCUGAAUCCCAUUCUCGAUCAAGAUCAAAAUCCAGGUCGAGGUCAAGGAGGCAUUCUCAUAGACGUUACACUCGAUCCAGAUCCCAUUCUCACUCUCAUAGGAGACGGUCUCGAAGUAGGUCAUACACACCAGAAUACCGGCGUCGAAGGAGCCGAAGUCAUUCUCCAAUGUCUAACCGGAGAAGACAUACAGGCAGCAGGGCAAAUCCUGAUCCCAAUACUUGUCUAGGAGUGUUUGGCCUCAGUUUGUACACAACAGAGAGAGAUCUUCGAGAAGUAUUUUCUCGAUAUGGACCGUUGAGUGGUGUCAAUGUGGUUUAUGACCAGCGAACUGGACGGUCACGAGGAUUUGCUUUUGUUUAUUUCGAGAGAAUAGAUGACUCAAAGGAGGCUAUGGAAAGGGCAAAUGGAAUGGAACUGGAUGGUAGAAGAAUUCGGGUGGAUUAUUCUAUCACCAAGAGAGCACACACACCAACACCAGGCAUAUACAUGGGCAGACCAACUCACAGUGGCGGCGGUGGUGGUGGCGGCGGGGGUGGCGGUGGAGGAGGCGGCAGACGUCGAGACUCUUACUAUGAUCGAGGAUACGAUCGUGGGUACGACAGAUACGAAGACUAUGAUUACCGGUACAGAAGAAGAUCACCUUCUCCUUACUACAGUCGAUACAGAUCACGAUCAAGAUCUCGAUCCUACAGCCCAAGACGCUAUUAAUAAGCAGAGCGGUUGCAGUUGAGGACAUCUUUUUCUCUUUUUUUAAAUUCUGGAUUUCCCCAAGCUUCUAAUCCUUCCUACUCCUCAAAAAGAACCCUUAAAAAAUCUUUGGUUUGUUUAGCAUCUACACUUUGUCAAUUGUAUUGCUAUUUUCCACCCCUUUUAUUAUAUUCUUAAAGAUGUAAUUGUCAUUUUUGAGUAGUUAAACAUCUUGAGUAAAAAAGGAACCCCCAGUGUUAUGCUUUGUAAAUGAUUUUUUUGUUUGUUUUUUGCUUUUAUGGGAAAUUCACUCCUAUCUUAUCAAAAUGAGGAAAGAAAUGAUCUUUUUAAAGCUUCUUUUGUGUUAGAUAUUGUAUUAGACAUUGUAUUAGAGGUCUGCAUUUACUACAAACUCCUUUUUUAACUUUCUUUUGGGGAAGUUAGUAGUAGUUCAGUCAGGUCAAGUUUGUCUGGGGUGGCAUGGAACAGUCAAAUAGUUGAGUGUAGAAAGUUUGAAGCUAUAGAAAAAACGCUUACUUGGUCAUUUCUUUUGAAGAACAGAAUUUUUGAACCCUAAAAAUUACAUCUUUUUUUUUUUUUUUAGAAAUGAAAAGCUUGUGGACUCCUGCAAAACAUGUUGUAUUUAAAAUACAUUUGUUGAAACUUAAAAACGUAAAGUGUGAUUUUUGUGUUGAAUUUAUUAAAGUUUAAUCAGUGAAGGACAGCCCUUAUUAUUUAUUAUUUAAAGCAAUUGUAUAAUUGCUAUUAGAAAUUUUGGUAUUGGGACAAUGGUUUAGGCAGGCUGUUUGUAUAGAGUUCUUAGGUAGUGGGGGGGAGUAGUCUUCUUUCAAAUAAAAGUUAAUUUCUUUGAAAA